AGAGGCGGAGACAGGGCGGAGCCAGAGCGCCUGGAGCACCCACCCCCGGAAUCGAAAGCGAAAGAGGGGGCCAGGAAGGAAGGGCGGAGCCGGCCUGAGGCCCCGCCCCCUGCCCUGCGCGACUGCUGGACCGCGGGGCGCGCCCUGGUCGGGGGGCGCUGAGCGCGCAGUGCGGACCCUCUCGGGGACCCGCGCCGCCGCCGCCGCCACCAUGUCUCAGGAAGGUGUGGAGCUGGAAAAAAGCGUCCGGCGCCUCCGGGAGAAGUUUCAUGGGAAGGUAUCCUCCAAGAAGGCGGGGACUCUGAUGAGGAAAUUUGGCAGCGACCACACUGGAGUGGGGCGCUCCAUUGUGUACGGGGUAAAACAGAAAGAUGGACAGGAACUGAGUAAUGACCUGGAUGCCCAGGACCCACCAGAGGACAUGAAGCAGGACCGGGAUAUCCAGGCAGUGGCGACCUCCCUCCUACCCCUGACGGAAGCCAACCUACGCAUGUUCCAACGUGCCCAGGAAGACCUCAUCCCUGCCGUUGACCGGCAGUUCGCCUGCUCCUCCUGUGAUCAUGUCUGGUGGCGCCGUGUGCCCCAGCGGAAGGAGGUAUCCCGGUGUAGGAAAUGCCGGAAACGCUAUGAGCCAGUGCCAUGUGAUAAGAUGUGGGGCCUGGCUGAGUUCCACUGCCCAAAGUGUCGGCACAACUUCCGGGGCUGGGCACAGAUGGGGUCCCCGUCUCCCUGCUACGGGUGCGGCUUUCCUGUGUUUCCAACACGGAUCCUCCCUCCUCGCUGGGACCGAGACACGGAUCGCCGCAGCACCCAUACCCACUCCUGCUCAGCUGCUGAUUGCUACAACCGGCGAGAGCCCCAUGUGCCUGGGACUUCCUGUGCGCACCCCAAGAGCCGGAAGCAGAAUCAUCUGCCCAAAGUUCUGCACCCCAGCAAUCCCCACAUCAGCAGUGGCUCCACCGUGGCCACCUGCCUGAGCCAGGGGGGCCUCAUCGAUGACCUGGACAACCUUAUCCUGGAAGACCUCAAGGAGGAGGAGGAGGAAGAGGAGGAGGAGGCCGGGCAUGGGGAGUGACCCCUGCUGGGUGCAGAUGCAAACCAGACACGGUCUGUGGAUAUUUUGUGUUGUUAUAAAAUAUGAGCUCAAACCAAGAUCUAAAUGCCCUUGGGGAGACGUCUGGGUCUGAGAUAUUGGGGAGUCCUGGGUCCCAUUUUCAGGGCCCUGGGGAGCAGAUCCACAUGGAAAGGUCUGAGGGACAUGGCCCACAGAGGGCCACAGAGGAGGUGUGGCAAAGAGAACUUGGGUUCUUGCUGACAAAUGUCUCCUGGGAUAGAUGGUCACAGCCUCAGCGGCCGGAUCAGCAUGGCGGUCUUCUUGAGAGAGUAAGCCCCACCACGAAACUCGGCCCAGUAGACACCAUCCUGGUAGCGGCUGCGGUAGUGGCCACCAUGGUGCCACACACCAUUCAGGUUAGAGUGGGCACAGGCAUGGUACCACCAGCCUCCUCGCUGGUACAGGGCGCAAUUACCUGAGGGGAGAGAGAGUCCAUGUCCUCUCACCAGAAUAAAAGUUUCUACCAACACCUCACUAGUACAAGGCUUUUACCAGGCAUCCUCUGGCCCUUCCCACUCUUAUUGAAAAUAAGCCUUGAUUUCCCGAUCCCCUCACCAAAAUAAGAAUCUUGGCUUCCACUUUCUUUUUCAGAGUAAUAGCUUAACUUCUUCCCUAUUCUCUUAUCAAAGCAUGAGUCCCACGUUUCCCACCCUCUACAAACUAGGAGAUCUACCUUGCAUUGUGGGUUGGGGGUUGUGGGUUGGGGGAGAGAAA